CUAAGUUUUGCUCUAUCCAGGUUGUGGCGUCUCCUGAACUACAUUUGGCUUCUAUGUAGCUAGUCUCCGAAUGGUACCAGUUAUUCAACUUAACCAAGAAACAGAUCGAAAAGAAAUUUAUCUGCUGGAGCCUACUAACAAGAUUGACAGUUGAUGAGUUAGGCUGUAAGCCCCAAAUGAAAUAAAUGUAGAGGCUAGAGAUCCAUAGAUCUGAAAGUUAAUCAUGCGCACUGAGGUUAUAAAGGCGGACACCAUUGAUGCGGCUGUCGAACGAAUUCUUGAUGAACUCAAAAACACGCGAAGCAGAGAGAAUGCCAUCUACUUUGAUGGCUGGGACGGGCUUGGGGCGUCUGCCGUCCUGCGAGCCGUGGCUCAACGGCUGGCACCAAAGGAACAAACAAGGCCCCCAGGACUGGAGUUUGAGCAAGUUAUCCACAUUGACUCCUCAAAAUGGAAGAGCAGAAGAGCGGUGCAGAGGGAAAUCUCAGAGCAGCUGAAGCUUCCUGGUUGGGUGAAGAAGGCGUUUGACAAGCAAGACGAGGAGGAUGAUUUCAGUGGUAUUGCUCAAGGCUCUCGCACAGAGAUAGCAGAAGUCACGGCUGAAAUCCAUAGGAGCAUGCAGAGCCGCAGGUUUCUUCUGGUUCUUCACAACGGAAGCAGCGAGGAGAUUGACACAUUUAACCUUGGUCUUUCCUUAUAUGGAUACUUGAGCAGCAAGAUGCUUUGGACCUUCCAAGGGAGGUUUCGGUUCGACCCCAAGCUGCGAGACAAGGUUGUGGCGAAGAACACAACAGAUGUUCUUCUCUUAGCUUCGCGCUCUCAGCGAGAUCCACACGAUCUCUGGUCCUAUCUAGUGCGUGAAGAGGCCACGCAAGUUUCCUGCAAGCAAGCUGCAACUGUUGCUGAGUGCUACUUGUACAUGUUGGAACGGAGUUACAUGAGCCAAAAUAUCAUUGACUAUGAGUGGACUCUCCAUGCUCCCAGCUUCUGGAUAUGUGAUGGGAUCAUACAGCAGGCACAUGGCAUUCAUGAGGCGUGGCAGGUGUCGCAUGCUCUGCACCAAGAAAUGGGAUUGUGUAUUGACAAGUUGUCUCAACACACAAGCAAGGAAGAGAAUCUUCAUACUUCUCACAUGAUAAGGUCUGCCGACCACCGACCAUACUGGAUUUCGACAGAAACUUGUGGAUUUGUACUAAAUCCAGGCGGGCUUCUCCCUAACAGCAUGUUUCAGAAUCCAGACCAGAUCAGUGUGCUGAAACUGUCACAGUGUGCCUUCAGUUUCUCAUCGCCACCAUUUCUCUGCUGCCACCGUCUUCGAUUUCUGUGGCUUGACCGUUGCCAGGACCUGCAAAGAAGCAUAGAUUCACAAGAAGAGAAGGACACUACCAGGUUGUGGGCAUGCUUCCAGAGCUUGUGGGUGCUUGACCUGCGCUACAUGGACUGGUCUUGCAUCUUGUCUGCAGAUAUGAUGGAUCUCAUGAUCCAGCUCAUAGAGCUAAACAUAAUGGGAGCCAAGGACUGGGACAUGAGCUGUCUACGGGGACGCCUACGUAACAUUCGCAAACUCCGGAUAACAAAGUCUACCUGCCGCAAUUACGACUUGUUAUCCGAGAUGGAGCAGAUGGAGAUUCUUGAAUUUUGUGGAAAUGACAUUACGUCAAGCGGCACGUCAAGCUUGACUCUUUGCAGUGCAGCAAGAAGAGGGAGUGGACUUCAGACUGUCAUUGUUGAUGGAUCCGUUGGGCUAAAAAAGAUCUCACUGCAGGGUUGUGUUCAGCUGAAGAAUGUCUUGUUGAGAGGAUUGUUGGAGAGCUUGGAGGAGUUGGACCUGUCGGGUACAAAUCUGCAGACAAUUGACCUGAGCGCAUUGCAUGAUCUGAAGCUCAAGCAGCUCCUUCUGUUAGGCUGCCAGAAACUCCAUGCAAUACUGUGGCCACGAGAACUCAACACGAAAUGGUUGGAUGUGCUGCGUAUUGACACCACCUCCCGAUCAGCAUCAGAUAGCGGAGGGGGAGAAAACUUAGCUGAUGCUGCUUCUGCAAGGUCAUCACCAGUACUGUACGAGGGCGAAGCACUACAUGCUCAUCCACAUGACCAUGAAUCCCUUAAAGAGCAGAAAGGAAGGCACUUUAAUAAAUGGCGGGUUUCUGUUACAGAUGCAAGGCUUCUUAGGUCGCUUUUGCCCGUGAUGUAUGCUUUUAGUAAAAGCUACCGGUGGGAUAUGACUAAUGGAUCUGUACAUAUUGAUAUCUGUUCUGCAGAUUCUCUAGGUUGCAGGAUCGUCCAAGUGCAAACCCAACCGAAUAAAAGUACUUUGGUGGACUCGAAGUACAGAGAUGCCUUUGAGAAGGCCAGCCUGGCUAAUAGUUUCGAUGAUUGUGGUAAUGGCCCAACCCCAUCUGCAGUGAUGAUGAUGUGGGAUUGCCCCAAGAUAGAGAUACCCAUUACCGACCGGACCUGCAUGAUAGAGAUGUUGGUGGACAGACAGUGCCAUGAAAUCAUGGAGGAUGCUCAAAUUGCUAGUAAUAGCGGUUUAUCAUCUCCCCGUUUUCCUGAUUCUACAUAUCAUUAUGUUACAUCGUUGCACGUGUACGAUUGCCCCACCAUCACCAGUAUCUAUGCACCUCAGAGAGAUGAAACAUGGCCGAGGCUAAGAUGGUGCCGAGUGGAGAGGUGCCCCAAGAUACACACGGUCUUCCACACUCCCAGGGGCAGUCAGAGUCGGAGUGCGUACCUAUUUAAGCUUCUGCAAACUUUCUGGGCAUCCCAGCUCCUAAAGGCACACUACAUCUCGAACUGGCCUAGUGUGAUAUGUCAUCCUGAUCAUGACUCCUUUGGUGAACUAGAGUUCUUACAUGUGGACUACUGCCCAAGGCUCAUACAUGUGAUCCCCAUACAAGUUCCUCUACGAAUGGACGUCCUCCGUCGCCUGACGACCAUUGAGAUCCUGUGCUGUGGUGAUCUCAGGGAGAUAUUCCCGUUGCACUUCUACCGUGAGAGCCAAAAAGAGAAGGCAAUAGUAUUCCCCAACUUGAAGCACAUCCAUCUCCACGAAUUACCCAAGCUGCAGCACAUCUGCGUGCUCGACAUGAAUGCUCCCAUGCUCGAGACCGUAAAGAUCAGGGGCUGCUGGAGCCUCAAGCGCCUGCCGGCUGUUGGUGACAACACGAAGCUCCCCAAGGUGGACUGCGAGAAGGAUUGGUGGGAAAGCCUAGAGUGGGAUGGGUUGGAGGCCAAGCACCACCCUUCCCUGUACAAGCCGACCCACUCGGCCUACUACAAGAAGAAGCUGCCCAGAGUCUCUCUGCUGAGAUAGUUCCUCCAAUUGCAGGUCAGGCAAGAGAUAAGGAUUGCUCUGCUUUCUUCAUCAAUGGUGUCUCAGUGUGUGGUCGUGUUCCUGAGAAACCUGAUUCCUGAUUGAUUUGUGUGUGUCCACUGCCCAGUGACAUGACAUACUACCUGCUGGUUGCUUGCUUGUGUGUUAAGUGCGUCGUGUCAUCUCUGCUGCCACUGGCAGUGCAGGUGCCGGUGCUGUGAGUUUCAAAUUCAGUUUAAUUUGGUUUGCAUGCAUGGAUCAUCUA